AUGGCUUUUGCUACUCCACGGUCAUCUUUGGGCGGCUCCGCCUAUUUAGGCACCAACUUAAACAUGUACACUACUGCUGAAUCCAACUUGAAUUCCGGCAAUUCCGACACCUGGAGCAGACGCGCGGCACGCGCCACUUCUAACUGGAGCGGCACUGUUAUGUCGGACGAUGAUGAGCCUGUCAUCCCCAUCAAUAACCGACCGCAGGCCAUUAGGCCUAACAUGACUAUCGCUGAUAUAAUGGAAGCCAUUGAAUGCAUGCGUGUCAACAUGACAGAUAGUUUUAAUAUGCUGCUUACACUUUCCACUGCGAACACAAAAUACGCCGAGCAAGGUGUCACACUUGGGAUAGCUGCGAAGGAGGUUGCGGAGACAACUAUGACUCAGCUGCAGGAUCUAAGGGCUCAGAUUCAACGUGUGGAGGACAAGAUUAAUACAGAUGAGAGGACUCGGAGAUGGCUGGCAUAG